AUGGAACCAACAUCCAAUUCUACACUACUCGAAAGAGUGCAGGAGAAAAUUAACAUCGACGUCGACACCUUAGACACCGAGUUCAUUCAAUCCUUGCCAAUUAUCCCCAACGACCAGACCUCAAACCCGGCAUGGCUGUUCGUGCAGCUCCAGGAUUCUGGAACAAAGGAUCUGGUACAUCAAUUGAUUCAGCAGGAUAUUGAACUCCAGCGACGUGUUGCCUUUUGCAAGCGCAAUCUUCCAUUCAUCAAAGGUCGUGUCAUGAUCCAGGCGACCACUUCCGACCCAUACAACAUCCAGGAAAUCCUCGAGUCAGCACGACUUCUCGCAAAAGAAUUCCAGCGUGCUGGUAUCCCCAAAGAGCGAUACUGCAUCAAAAUCAUGGCCACCGGACCGGGGGUCAUCGCGGCGAAGAUUCUUGGACAACCAGAAGAAGACGACAUUCCAAUAUUGGGUACGGGAGUGUUUACAGUUGCGCAAGCAGUGGCGUGUUUUCAGGCUCGGUGUUUGUUUAUUAGUCCGUAUUAUAAUAGUAUUGAAGAGUGGCAAAACCUGCGAGAACAGGGCAACUCAGUAAUCUUGCCUACACCGAACGACGUAGCACUGAAACACCCAUUUUCCAAUCGAUUAGCUCAAAUGGUAAAGGCGUACAAGGACCUAUAUCAAAAGACCGGACAGCGACCUCCCCUAAUCAAAAACGCUGGUUUCGCCUCAUACCACGAGGUUAUCGCCUCAGCUGAAAUAGGUUGCCAUUCAGCCACCAUCUCAACCGCACUACUAACCGAAAUGCUCAAACCAUCGAUUCGGAGGAUAUCACUGCCCGAUAAUCUACCUACCAAGCUCGCUAAUAUGAGAAAGCCGUACGAGACUAGCGUCUCAAUUCCCUCGUCACGACUGCAAGGGUUACUCAACGCUGAUCCGCUCCAAAGAUCAUCCGCGAAGUAUAAGGCAUGCGACACUGACAAGGACUAUCUCGCAUGUGGUGGCGAUGUGCUUGAUAAGAUGAUCGAAGGUGAUGUUGAGGGGAAGAAGAGGCUGGAUCAAGCGUUGGAAUUGUUCAGGUUUGCGGAUCAGGCUAGUCUACAGCUGGUCCAGGACUUGGCUGAUGAAAUGGCUAGGUUUUCUAGUAAUUUGUGAGGUAAAGAAUGAAUGAGGCGAAGCCUAGUCAAGGUUUAU